GUGAAACUGAUUUCGAUAGGGGCAAUAGGUACUUAUAGUAGUCAGGUCAUGCGGAAUUGAUUUAAUUUGAAUACAGCUGGUGUACGAGUAUGUUCGAUUUGUUUUUGCGCUACGUUUUCUGGUUCAAUGUUGUUGAAAAUGAAUACUAAGAAGCAAUCAUCUUUUGCAAUUGCUGUGACUGGUAUCCUUUUCUUACAAUAUGUUGGCUCAACUUUGGCAAAUUCACACCCACCACCUCAAAACAGCAAUAACCCAACACCGUCCAAAAAUAAGGUAACACGUCCUUUGCCAGGUCCGGAUCUUGAUUGGAAAAUUAUCCGCAAUGGGUCAUGUUUGUACAUUGACAAAUCGCAAUACUUAUGGAAGCUGGUUGCAAAUCAAACAGCAAGAAGGAGACUAAUAACGCGGUAUAGACGUUUCGGGAAAUCAUUGUUUCUGCAGAUGAUGGAGCAAUUUUUCAGAGGGAGAAGUGAUUUAUUCAAGGGAUUAUUUAUUGAAAAAUGCGGAAACAGGAACAUAUUCAUACCAGUACCCGUAUCUGAUGAUGGAGGUGACUGGAUAGAAUACCCAGUUAUUAAAUUGAAUUUCAAAAUUAUAGAAAAAUUCACGACUAUUGACGAAUUUCAGUCAGAGUAUUAUGAAAUCUUAACAGAUAUUGCUAAAUCAUACAAGAUUGAGGAUUUUGAAUCCGGUAGUUAUGGUAGCACUAGAGGACUUAUCUCACACUUGUAUCGCAAAUUCAACGGAAUACCUGUAAUUGUUCUGGUGGACGAGUAUGAUUAUCCAUACGAAUACGCAAUUUCAAAAAAUUACACAGAUUUGGCAAAAGAGAUAAUAGAGUUCUUGGAUGACAUAUUUGGCAUUAUAAAAAAUGAAAUUGAAAAGGUCGCAUUUUUAUUCAUUACAGGCGUAUCUAAAUUACCCUUGACAGUUCUUCAAAGCGGUGCCAAUAAUAUUGUGGAUGAAACUUACAAUCCGGAAUUUGCUGAAGCCUUUGGUUUUACAGAAGAGGAAAUAACAGAGCUCAUGCGAGACCACAUAGAAGAGUUUGCAAAAAGCGAGUCAGUACCUUUCAAAAAUAUCAUCGAUAAAAUCAGAUACUGGUAUGAUGGUUAUCAGUUCGACCCAAAUAAUCGCUCUCGUCGGGUAUUAAACCCAGUAUCAACCAUCUCCAGUAUAAGAUAUAAAGAAUUUAAAUGCUACUGGAUUCAAACAAGUUCGAUGAAUCCCAUUCCUGAAAUGUUUUACAAACAAGAGAUGUCAUUAGACGAUUUAAUAAAAGGAACACCAGUUCCUAAAAGUACUACCACCACCAUGUCUGUGAUUGAAAGUAAACAGACAGACUUAAUAAACUGGAUGUUCUUAAAUGGGUAUUACACAAUGAAUGGUCAGAAAUCCAAUAAGCUUACUUUAAGAAUACCCAAUUUUGAAAUUGAAACAGCCAUUAAUAGAUCAAUAUUGUCCUAUGAUCCUUUGGCACAGCAACGAUACGAGGACUUCCGUCAAAACGAGCUGCAUGCACUUCGCUAUCACCUUGAACAUGAACGAGUUGGAGCAGCUAUGUCCGCUUUGGGAAAAAUUGGAUUCUCCUGCAUUGGAUCAUCCUCUAAUUCAAGACGAGGUCACCAGGAGGUUGACCAUGCUGUUUGAAUUAGCGGGCAUAGACCACAAAUGUGGAGUGAUAUUUAAGAAAAGCAUUGGAGGAAAAGAUGAUGGUGGAGAUAUUGAUAUGUGGACUGAAAACCUGCUUACUAAUUACGCCAUCGAAGUAAAAACCACAAAUGGAUCAGAUGGUGACUUCAUAGCUGCGGAGGGUAUGGGACAGUUAUUAAAAUACAUCCGAUAUUACCGAGAGUCUAUGAUGAACAAGAUAGGUAACCCAAAAAGAUUUUUUUUUGGGUCUAUAGCUUUCGAAAUUCCUAAAAAAAAAGGGUAUGCCGACUUGACGAGUUGGAUUUUUUUACCCGUAAAUGAUGGUGAACCCGAAUUAGAUAAAUUUGAAGCCAGCUCUAGUAAGGUGGAAAAAAAGUUUGAUGAAGUAAAACAGAAAUGGCCGGACAAAUUUUAUAUUUUUUGAGAAAUUCAUUUUGAAGCGAUGCAGCUUUGUAAAUAGGUAGAUCUGAAAAAAUUCCGCGUGUGCGCAUUUCAGCAUUCUUCUGGGUAUCCGGGGGUUAUUAAAAAUUUUGCGAGAAUGAGUGCGAUGAAAAAUUCAAGUUCUUACCAAAAAAAAAAUAGUUUUAAAUGAUUUGUUUACUUUCUGGCUGAUCAAGAUAUGUACAAUUCCGAAAUGUAUAGUAAAAAUACAACAAAAUUUUGAGUUGAAAAUUCUUUGAAUCCUGCUUUUUACUCCGUUGUAUAAUAUUUGAAGGGCUAAUUGUGAAAGUCGCCUUAGUCAUUUUUUUGUUCACACAACUUUGAACAUUUUUUUUUUUCAUAUUUCAUAAAUUUUAAAGGGAAAAAUGAGUAUUGUAAUGCAUUCUGGGAUAUUUGAAGAUGUUUUUUAAAUACUUGACCAUAAAGUUUUUACAUUACCAUCAAAGUAGGACAGCAACGUUUUCAUUGAACGGAUUAAUUUUGAAAAGAGCGGUGUCUCGAAAAUUCCUUCUCUUUGAAGUUUUAGAAGACCAAAAAAAAUAAAUGACAAAAUGUUUGAAUUUUUUAAGUAGUUGAUUGAAAACGUAGCCAGAUAAGUAUUUUUUUCAAAUUCUCAAAACAUAAUUUUUAGUUUGUCCCAAACGCAAUUCUUUUAAUGCCAAAGCAAUGUUGUCAAGUUGUGAUUUCUUUUCAUCAAUAAUUUUAACCCAAUAUAUUAAAACAUUCGUUUUUAUA